AUGCCAGUGAUCAGAGAGAAGACAUUUACAUCGGAAACCACAUACCUUGUUCAGAAAGCUUCAACGGCUACUGUAUACAUGGAAAAUGUGAAUUCAUUUAUUCCACUCAGAAGGCUUCCUGCCGGUGUGAAUCAGGAUAUACUGGACAGCACUGUGAAAAGACAGACUUUAGUAUUCUUUAUGUUGUCCCAAGUAGACAAAAGCUUACGCAUGUCCUUAUUGCAGCAAUAAUUGGAGCUGUACAGAUUGCCAUUAUAGUUGCAAUUGUCAUGUGCAUAACAAGAAAAUGCCCCAAAAACAAUAGAGGACGUCGGCAGAAGCAAAACCUAGGCCAUUUUACUUCAGAUACAUCAUCCAGAAUGGUUUAACUUAGUGAUUUUUAUACCUACAUUGACCAUGUGAUGUACAUUUUUAUUAUAUCUUUUUUUAAAGAAUGGAAAUAUUUAUUUCAGAGGCCUUAUUUUUGAACAUUUUUAGUGUUGGUCUGUAUUCUGAAAGCAUCAGCUCUAACAGCUAUGGACUGUUUUAGUAAGUUUAAUUUUAUGUUUUUGAACACAGUAGUUCAUUUUCUGUAUCUGUAUCACAUGGUUAUAUAAUAGACUUGUGCUUUAUUCAUGGAAUGUAAUAUUUUUGGGAACACAGAUUUAUUCCAUCAAUGGUUGUAGAUUAAAAACAAAACAAAAAAACCCCAACAAACCAACAAAAAUGUCCACAUUACCUAGCAAACAAGGCAUGAACUAAAGGUAAAAAUGUUUACAGCUUACUUUUCUUAUGAGAAACUAGAAAACACUGUGUUUAAAUACCGUAGAUAUUUAAAUGUUUUUGGAAGUUAGUAACUGAUUUUUUAGACACUGCCUAUCGCAUGAACUGUGAAGCUGUGUGCUGUGUGUAGUUGUAACAUAUUUAUAAAACGUGAGCUGGGUCUAAGCACUGCCAUCUUCAUAAGUAAUUCCAACAAUUUAUUUUUAAAGAGCAAAAUUAUAAAUUUCAUAAUUUGAGAAGUUACUUGGUAGAGCAGAUGGCGCAGGUCCAAAAGAAGUAGGUCUUAGUAGAUUUAGGUAUUGUAAAAAUUGGUGUUGAAUAAUUGAACACAAAUAAUUGGAAUAAAGCCUACUUUAUCACUGUUAAAGCUGUUUUAAUACUUCUUAAACUUUUUUAAAGAAAAUACAUGUUUUAACACGUACAAUACAGAUUGUAUAGUGUUUGUGAUUAAAAUUUAAAAAAUAAAAAUGAAUUAAUUACUAGUGCUCUUGCAUAGAGUAUUUUCAAGAGCUAAAGAAGUCCAUCCAAAUUAGUCUGCUGGUCAUAGUUAUAUUAAUAGACUGUUAGUUGUCGUUUGAAAGAUCCCGAGGUAAAGUGUGAAUAGGUUGUGUUCAGCUGUUUUAAUAUGUAGUUUAGGCUUUCAGAAUUUUGCAUGUAGGAUUUAAUAAUUUGUCCAAUAAAAAAAAAAAAAUGCUUUCAACAUUUUGAACUGGAAAAGCAUGUCACAAUACAAUGUUUUCACUAUA